UUUUAGCAGGCGAACCUGCAGAGAGAAAACAGCCUUAGAGGUUCUCGCCGCCAGACACGGAAGGGAUGCAAACGCGAGCAGCAUGGAGAGAGAAGGUGAGACGUCUGUAGUUGUCGCCGUUGUGACUGAGCCUCGGUUUACCCAGCGCUACAGAAACUACCUGGAGAAGCAGAAACUCCUGGAUAGACAGCACCGUGUGCAGAAGCUGCGGGAUGGCAUGGUGGCGCUCCCGGUGCUUGCGGAAACCCUCCCUGAGCGGCACCUGCAGGAGCUGAGGAAUCGCGUGGCCCCGGGCAGCUCCUGCAGGCUGACGCAGCUCCUCGAUCCUCUUCCUUCCAAAAAGGCCCGGGUUUGUUCACCUGCGCAAAGAUUGUGCCUUGAGGUGAGGCAUUGGGUAGAGGACCGCGGAGUGACGUGGUGCGCCGAGCUGGAGGCGGAUUUGCCCCGGUCAUGGCAACGGCAUGGCGACCUAAUGCUGCUUAGUGAAGACUGUUUCCAAGCCGAGCAAUGGCAGAGUCUGGAACCAGAACUCUGGGAGACUGUCGCCUCGGCCCUUGGAGUUCAGCGUUUGGCCAAACGAGGGCGGGUGUUGCCUGAUGGUACUCGGACUCCAUCCGUGACUCUGCUGCUGGGUGACCAUGGCUGGGUAGAGCAUAUGGACAAUGGCAUCCGGUAUACGUUUGACGUGACCCAGUGCAUGUUCUCCUUCGGGAACAUCACUGAGAAACUUCGGGUGGCAUCGCUGUCCUGUGCUGGAGAGGUGCUGGUGGAUCUCUACGCGGGGAUCGGGUAUUUCACAUUGCCCUUCCUAGUUCAUGCCGGUGCUGCCUUCGUUCAUGCCUGCGAAUGGAAUCCCCAUGCCGCCGCUGCUCUCAGAAACAAUUUGGAGAUCAACGGCGUGGCAGACCGGUGCCAGAUACACUUUGGAGACAACAGGAAGCUGCAGCUCUCCAACGCUGCAGAUAGGGUGAACCUGGGGCUGAUCCCCAGCUCUGAGGAAGGCUGGCCUGUUGCCUGCCAAGUGCUUCGGAAGGAUGUCGGGGGUGUUCUGCAUAUCCACCAAAAUGUGGAGUCUUUCUCAGGCAGGAACCCCCAGCCUCUUGGAAGCAAUAACACGGGAAAGGAGCAUGAGCCUCUUCCCCAGAAAGUUAUCACUGAUAGACGGGGAAAUGGAACUACUGGGAUUGUCAGGGGGGAAAUGCCGCCAUCAGCCAGCAAACCAGAGUGGCACAGCUGGGCAGAAUCUGCAGCAACUCAGAUUGCCUCUCUGCUUCAUCAGCUGCAUGGGAGAGUGUGGAGGACACAAAUCCUGCGUGUCCACCCAGUGAAAUCUUAUGCCCCCCACGUGGAUCACGUAGUCCUAGAUCUGGAGUGCCGCCCCUGUCCUCUGGUUGCCUAGAAGGGUAGACUGAGUGGCACAGUAGAACCAAAUGAGUGGCCCCUGGGGCUUCAGCUAGGGCCGAGUUCUCACCCUCUUGUUGUCUUUUUUAAUGAUUUGUGGCCUGAAAAUGAACUCUAGAUCAGCCCCCAAAUUUUUAUUUCCUGUUGAUCACACUGAGAAUAUGUUAAAGUGUGAGAGGAAAUCAGAAUGGCUCAUUAAAAUAGGACUCAUUUGGGCAGUCAGGAAUUCCGCAUUUUUACCUUCGUUUUCAGUGGGCAUACGGUCAUAAUAUUCAUUUGGUCUUGGAUUUAUUUGCACAUAAGGUUUCCUUGAAUUGGAUUGUGUGGCUUUUUUCUAGCAAGUCAUAUACAGACAUUAUUAGAAUGAAAUACUAAUUCACUGUUGGUACUAUUCCCAGAGAUCACUAGCUCCGGCAUGAGGAAUCUGCUGGAAAGCCAAGAUCAAGCUAGAGACCAGUGAGGAGGCGGUCCAGUUCGACAGAAGUCCUGUAGUUGUUCAGGCACAGCGGAUAGUGGUUUGCACCAGGGUGGCAGCCAUGGGGAUUUGAAAAAUAAAUAUAAAUAGGUUUGAAAAAUAAAAUCAAUGGGACCAAAUAAUGAACUCCAAAUUGAAGCAUUAACAUGGUGGUGCUUUGUUAUUGUGACUAAAUUACAGAGGAAGGGGACAAUUAAUGGAGGUCACUCCAAUCUAGCAUUCCUUGGUGGGGUGUCUGCUUGUGGGGGUGGGAGGGUCUUAUAUAUUAGACCAUUUUAUGUUAGGGAGGAUUAAGAAUUACUUCUCUGUCCCAGUGUAGUAGCUCAUGCCUGUGAUCUCAGCACUUGGAAGGCUGAGGCAGGAUGAUUGCUGUAAGCUCAAGGAUAACCCAGGUCACAGUACAUAGUGCGGCAGACAUUGUCUUAAAGCCAAGAGUCACUUCUCUGAAUUUUAGGGAAUCUAAAGUCUAGCCUUGGGCUGUGUGAUAGCUGCCAGUUGGUUAAAAUCCCAAGAUUUUUAUAGACCUUAAAGUUAGACUUAUCUUCUUUUCCUGGAGAAGAAGCUGUAGGAAGAACUGGAAUAAAAUUCAGUGUAGAGUAUUUACCGGGUUCAUCGCCAUCCCCCCCUCCCCCACUGCCAAACACACAUACACACACAUACACAGGUCUAGAACUAGCAGCUCUUGCUACUAUACUAUAGGUAGGAAACACAUUCUGCAGUUUCCAAACCAUCUGCUUAGAAUUAGGUGGCUUCUGCUGUUCACUGCCAUUUGCCACUGGGAGAACUAAUGGCUGAGGAUCUUGCAGAGCUGUUUCGAUGCACUUUGAAGCCCUGUAGGCCAGUUUGCUUGGUGAAGGAGACAGGCAACAGGGUGCCUACUUCCUUCCUUGUCUUUUGAUAUAACCGAAGCUUACCUGCCUUGUGUGUGACUGCCUACUCUUUCUCUUGCAGCAGUAGCAAUGAGGACUGGGUUGGUGCCUUUCUCAUUAAGCACAAAUGUUAAGUGCCUUCUGCAUGUAAGAGCCACAGAAAAUAUAAAGAUCCAUUAGAUUUAUUUUUUAAAAAAAAGCCUCCCACCAAGGAGCAAGCCCAGCUUAGCAGCAGAAUUUACACCGUCCUCAGUGAUGGAGUAGAGCGGUUGCCACAGGACAGACUUGCUGGAGAUGUGCAGAAGAGGGGAAGAAAGGUUCUGAGAAAUAAGUAGGAAGUCUACGUAGAAGUGGUGUGAUGACUUGGAGAUGAGGCUCUUGAAAACUGGGUAAGAGUUUGAUGGAUGGGGAGGAGGCAGAGCUAGGACCCAGAGUUUCAGCGCUUAAGAAAUGAGGCAUUGCUGUUAGUUUGUAACAGAGGCCAUGGCGAUAUAAUGUUGGAGAUGAGGACUCUGGGCAGUGUCUUGUGGACAGAGAGCUCCCAAGGAAAUGUUAGCUAGCCUAGGACCCCACUGCGCCCAGUUAACAUUCCUUUCUCAGAGUGGCUUUCUGGUGUUUACCUGGAUUAUAUUUUUCUCUUCACUUGCUCGGUUCCUUUUCACUGUCUGCCAACAGCUUGCCAUAUUGGAACCAAAAUGCCAAUGAUGCCAACCCGGGACUUAAAUGAGAAGGAGGGAGAUGAGUCAGGGAGCAGCAUUUGGGGACUGAGGAACUGACAUUGGUCGUAAGCCACAAGCAGGCAGUUGGUGUCAGGCAUAGCUGAUGGGAUUCAUUCUACAGGUUGUUCAAUCCCUGAGUUCCAGGCCAGCCUGGGUUAUGUAACAGGACAAGGGAGUAAGGGCAGCUGGCAAGGCAAAGCCCGUGGAUUCCCACAACUUCCCUUGCGCCUGUAGUGGCCAGGAAAGCUAGUGUUGGCACAGAGAUGGAGCAGGGCUCCCAGGAGGCUGCUGAGUUUGUACUCCGAAAACAGAGCAUCCCGGUAUGCUAAGGUGGGAUUACAGGACCUUCCAUUUAUUAAGGAAAUCCUUGAGCAGCUACACCAGCCCUGCAUAGUCUUUCUAAUUUCAACUUUGUCAUUAAAAAAAAAAAAAUCUGCAAACCCUAGUCCCCUGCCCCUCGGCUGCCCAGUUUGUGUAUAGCAAAGUUGGGAGUUCUUUUUCUUAUAGGCAAGAAAUGUUUCUCAUAUUCUGAAUAAUGGACUGAGUAUCACUAUGACGUGAUAGAUAAUAAUAUAUAAAAUAUAGCUAAUAACAGAAAAUGGCAGCACGGCAACAAUAACAGCAGAUAAUAAGUGGCCGAUAAUAAACCAAUAAAUAGCAGCGCAGCAAUGCUCACACCUAACGUUGGGCUCUUGGAAAUCACGUUUUUUCCAUUUGCUUUUCAUGCCGCCACCUAAUGGAGAAGUCAGGAAUAAAAACUCCAUCUUACACUGUGACUGGAAGGCCUUCCACAAACAUCACUGAGAUCUAGCGAGUACUGGGCGCUGGACUCAAACAGAACAAAAGCAGAACCAAACCCAGACCCCGUGAACUUUAUACACUAGUGAAGGGUCAAAUAGUAACCAGGUAGCCACACGACACCCACAUGUAGCCUUCCAUAUGACUCUCAUUCUAGCAGAUCCUGGGAGGAGAGGUUCUUGAUUUAACCAGCGAUUAAAGACACAUGCCUUAAAUGUCAGCGUUUAGGAGGUAGAAGCAGGUGGAUCUCUGUGAGCUCGAGGCCAGUCUGGUCUAUUUAGAGACACAAGUGCCUUGUGGAGAAUUCUGAGGGCAGAGUAAGGAGUCACGACAGGACAAUAAUGGGCAGAGUGCGUGUAGGGCACACACCCACAAUGCCAGCUCUCAGAAAGCGAAGGCAGGAGAGCAGCUCUGUUCAAGGUAAACCGUGAUGUCAUGUACAAUGCACAUCUAAAUAGCAGUAGGACAUUACUGGAGAGUCUUAAAAUGUAACAUGGUUAACAUAAGUUUUUAAUUCACUAAAAUUCGACUAAUCUCCUCUCCCCCCCCCCCCCCUUUUAUUUUUCUUACUUCAGAUCUCUGUGACCUGUCUUAAACUUGUGAGCCUCUCAGCCUCCUGAGUUCUGGGAUCUUAAGUAUGCACCACCACAUACCUGGCUGUCCAGGGUUAUAAGACCUUUCUCUCUGCCUCGUGCUGUGGAUCAGAUGGAAACUCUCAGCUGCUGCUCCAACACCAUGACAACCACAAUGGGCCUGGACUUACUCUCUGGAACCGUACCUUCAACAAAAACAGUUAAAUCUACAGCUCAGUCUCUGACCUCACACUCUUCACUUGCUGGAGAAGGAACAGAGUGACGACAGCCAGGCCAUACCACCAACUCCACUGAUCAAACAAGAAAGUGCCAGAAAAGAAUGGUCUCAUCUGUUCUGCUUAAGGAUUAAGCAGGAGCGCUUACCCCAAGGACGAGGGUAAAUCGAAGAACUAGAGAGACCGAGGCCCUUGCUCUUAAGUUUUAGGCUCCUAAGCCGCUAAUAAAAUGUGCUCACGACUGUCCUCAGUUCUGUCCACAUGGACAGGAAGGGAGACGUGUAAA